AUUGUUAUGAUUGAAAGCCUAUCCUUUACCCAGAGAUAUCCAUAACAGCCUUUAAAGCUUUGUUUCCUAGAAUAUUGGCAACGUACUGGUGUGAAAACCUACUAAAAAAUUGAGAAGCACCUAUGAAAAUACAGCAGAUGUUGUAGGAAAUAAUUGCUAUGGCUACGAAUCAUUUCUAAAGGCAAUCAGGCCUAUCUAUACGAGCGGAUGCGAACGUCUUUUAAGCAUACGUAAUCGUGCUAUCUUUUUGGUGCAGUGAGUAAUAUGGAGAUACGAAGCAGUACGAACUACGCUUGGAACACAAAAGAUCGUUUAGGCGAAGGAGCGACAGGGGCAGUUUACAAAGCCCGACACAAGGUAAGGAAUGAGCUUUCUGUGGGCGAGUUCCCUAAUUGAAAGCUCUCGAUUGCGUUUGAAGGUUCAGUAAAGAUCGUGCACUUAGAACUUUCUCUUUCAAAUUAGAAAACUGGUGAAACGUUUGCAGUGAAAGUUUCUAAUAAUCUGGGGAUGAUGAGACCAGUAGAGAUAAGGAGAAGAGAGUUUGAGGUGCUGAACAAGCUGAAUCAUGAGAAUAUAGUAAAGUUGUAUGCCAGUGAAACCGAGGUAUGUUGAUUCUUCGAUAUUAUUUUCUUUAACAACUGAAACGCUUCAUUACCAUCAGCUUUGCGAUAUUAUUGUUGAAUAGCUUAAGGUGUUGAAUAUAUUGUUUUAACUCUUCGCGUUUGGGAUUAUUUUAUUCAACUUUUACAUUAUGUACGCUUUCUCAACAUUUCUUUAUAUUCACAUUUAAUGGAGGAAAGCUGAAAAUUGAUCGCAGCUGUUCGGGAAGACUACAUUUGCGAUGAUUAAUAUUAAAACUUCCUUACAUCGAACAACAUACAUUUUGAAUAUUCAGACAACUCCGCUUUAAAAGACUAAAUAAGCGUUAAAUUUAUGCAAGGAUUGUAAUCAUUUUGUUGCUUUACAUUCCUUUUGGCAUAUAUUGUUAAUAUUUAAAUGGUAUGUUUUGAAGUAAAGGUGAUUUCCCCACUGUAUCCUUGAAAGGAUUGAAAUCGGUUCCAACAAGCCUGUAUCGUGUUAAGCCCUUUAAUCCAAAAGUGUCAACAUUACGUUAGGGGAUUCCCCUUACAUUCUCAAGAACCAAUGAUACGUUCAGUAGUUUUCCGAGAAGGUAAUAGAAGCGAUUACUAUUAUAAUUUAUGCGGGCAGACAAUGGCACUGUUUUAAAAAAUCUUGUUUUAACACCUCCCUGGAUGAAAAAUUGUUCCCUCUUGAAUGCUGAAUUUCAGAAAAAUACAGACAGAGAAGUUAUGAUGACAGUGUUUUAAAAGUCUAACUACACAAGAUCUCUUGAACAUAAAUUUUGGCCAGAAUUUCCUUAUCAAAUAGCAACGGAAGUCACAUGAUCCCAUGUGUCUGACCCUAUUGACACUCAAACUCAAUACCUUAUUGUGGAAGGAUAAAUAACGAUCAAAAGAAAUUGACUUGACUUUAUUACUCAGCUGUUUUUCAUAACCAUGGGUAAAAAUGAUAACUUUUUUCUUCAGUGUCUUAAAAUAUGUAAGUUUCAAUCAUUUUUUCCAUAAGUGACUGCCAAUGGUACCAUUGGGCAGUUGCAUGGUAAGACGAAACCCAAACAGGCAGCUGUGAAAGGUCUAUGCAGACCACUAGUACUUAGCUUUUAUUGAAACUGUCAAAACAGUUGGAUAGUUGCUAUGAUCAUGAAUAUAAGCUAUACAAAUCCUAUAAAUAAAAUCUUCAUCAUGGUAACAAGAGAUUGCCAUUGGUAACAGGCUUUGAAUGGAACCCUUGUUAGAACCUUUAAUUAAACGCAUUGUCUGAUCUAUUUCAAUCUGUUUUUUCUUGGUUCAAAUUUGAUUAGUUAUAUUUGGAUCCUUAAACAUGCAGUGGUCUGUGACCAAAAGCAAUCUGUCUAAUUUAGAUGAAGUUAAUAUGUUAUCAUUUUAUUUUAACUUAAACACAGUCUUCUAUUUGGGCACAAUCAGUUGGCUAAGAGAUUUGAUAGCGUGUGUGAAGUCAAAGUUAAAUGAUGUUCCAUGAACUUGCAUUCUUAAAUUUAUUUGUUAACGUAGUUCAAGUAUAGUUCUAUUUAAAGAAUCAAGUCUAUUUUAGGGCAUUGGUAUUGCAUCAGAACUAUAAAUCACAAGGUCAUUAUGUUUUACUAAAAUUGGCAGCAUCUGUAACUUUUUUUACCAAGUAUAAAUAUGCACACUACUAACUGGUAGAGAAUUAUCAUCCAUUGCAUUGUAUUCAACCACAAAAUCCCACUUCAACACUGAACUUCAACAGCUCAGAUCGCAAAAUGAGAUCAUCGUUAUGGAGUUGUGCUCAGGUGGCAGCUUGUUUACACUGCUUGAAAAUCCUGCAAAUACCUAUGGCUUUAUGGAAGAUGAAUUUAAACAAGUGCUUAAAGACGUUGGUAAGAUAAUUAUUAUGAAUCACCCUUCAUUGAUAAGGAAAUAUCUCCACUGACUACUCUCCCCAUGGUGUUUUUUAGAGUCAAAGUAAUGGGCAAUUGGAAUUUUACAAAAAAUUGUUGUUGAUGAACUUGUUUGAAAUAAAAUUUUUUCAUCCAUGUGGGUGGGUAUGGGACAGUGUUUGAAGAACAAUGUGAGCAAUUUGAACUCUCAGAAGCGGCCAGAAACAAAAAAUUGCUGCCUACUUAACACACAGCAGGCACAUUUUGGCCUGCAAGCAAUGAAUGUUUUUAUCAAGUGUUUUUGCCUCUUAAGUAAUCUGUGAAGACUUUUCACAGGAGAAGUGACAGGGGGGAAUUAAAAAAGUGGACCAGAGGUAGAGAGAAAGACAAAAGGGGAGGGGAGGGAAAGGUACACAAUGUCCUCAAAGGAAUGUAACCUCGAGUCUUUGGAUAAGUUUGACAAAACUGUCAUGCAUUUUCAAAUUAGUUGCAGGAAUGAAGCACUUACAUGAACAAGGCAUGGUUCACAGAGAUCUCAAGCCUGGGAACAUCAUGAGAGUGAUUAAGGAUGAUGGAAGGUAUUUCUUAUAAGAUCGAAAUUUUUUAUUUAUUCACAAAGGUAACAAACUAGCUGGUGCUAAAGAAAUGCUUAUACACUUAGCAUAGUGUAUAUCCCUCACUCAAAUUUCCCAAAGUGUCCUUUGCAAAAUUCCUUGGCUCUGGCAAACCUCUUUGCAAUAAUCUUUAGUGUAUCUGUAAUCCAAUUGUAAUAAUGCUCAUAUGUAUUGGAAGUGGUUUCAAGAGAGUCAUACAACAUAAUUUAUUAGUUCAUCAAGCUUGACUAAACAAUUUUUCGAUAUAUAAGUUACUGAGACUGAGUAUAUUACCAUGUUAAUUGUAUAUAAUGUAAGCUAUUGUCUCAUGUUAAAGCACCAGGGGGCUGUGUACCCAAAAAUUUGCUUUUGGCCACUCAUGUCCAGAAAUGCAUGCAGUAACAAAAAUGGUAGAUUUGACAAAACCAAGCAAAUGUUCAUGGAUUUGACAAUUUUAGUGAAUUUUAGUCAAAUUAGUCAAAGAGAAAUCAGCUCGGCAGAUUUGAUGAUUUUGACAAAUUUUUUUGUAAUUUUCAUUACUGCUUGUAUUUCUGGAUAUAUCUCCAUUAGGGAGCAGGGGGAGGGGCAACCUCAACCACCUUGGCUCUGCCACCUAAUGUUGGACACUCUCAGAUUCGUUGAGGGUGUCAGUAUAAGUUAGCUUGUGUAGCAAAGUGUGACAAAACGUGACAAGCAAUUUUAGAUAACAUUUGAUUAUGUAAUAAUAAUCAGAAAUAUGAUAUUUGUGUGAUUCAUUGUUGUCUAUGUAAGUGUGAAAGCACUCUAUUGCAUGUUGCAUGGGAUGUCAGAUAUAAUUUGUGCUUUCUGUAAGAACGCCCAGUUCCGCAGGAUUUGUGUGAGUGUUCAGCCAUAUCUGUGAAAUUGUAGUGAUGAAGCUGUUUAUUUUAGAUAACAUUUGAUUACGUAAUUAUAAUCAGAAAUAUGAUAUUUGUGAGAUUUAUUGUUGUCUAUGUAAGUGUGAAAAAAAUCUAUUGCAUGUUGCAUGGGAUGUCAGAUAUAAUUCGUGCUUUCUGUAGGAACGCCUAGUUCUGCAGGAUUUGCGUGAGUGUUCAACCAUAUCUGUGAAAUUGUAGUGAUGAAGUUGUUUAUGCCAAGGGAAACUCCAUUUAUCCUCUGUACUAUAUAUCACAAAUUAGUUAGCUACCAUUAUAUAUAUAAGAACAUUGAUUCAAGCAAUAAAGUAGAUUCAGUUGAUUGUACAAUAGUUGCAUGUGCCUCUCUUCGUGAGUGUGCACCAACAAGCGAAAGGUUAGCCCAAGCUUUACAACAAUUUGACUCUAACUGACCCCUUGGUUGUGGUUUUACUACACUUGCAAUAAUCACUGACUUAAUGUGAUCAUGAUGUCAAUUAAAUGAUUGCCAAGGCAUGACUUUUAAAAAGACCAGAGUACAACUUCUUGAUACUUCUGAAUAGAUUUUUAACAUGAAAGGAACUAAUGAGUUCCUCUGAUUGUCAAUGGAGAAAGUACCUAACAUGCAAGAGAUGCAGCUGUUUUAUUUACUUAAAUGGGAAAUUGGUUCUUAUUUCGGCUCUAAUUGAAUUUUUGCGAUUUUUUUUUUAUCAGCUUUGUUUACAAGUUAACUGAUUUUGGGGCUGCAAGGGAACUGGAAGCUCAUGAAGUCUUCAUGUCUGUGUAUGGCACAGAGGAAUAUUUGGUAUGACAGGCACUAAUUAGAUUUGUCUAUAAUUAAUAACUGUUGAUAGCAUAAUAUUAUGUAUAUUAUUUGGCAAAGGCUGAAAAACUUGAUGAUAGAAACAAAACCUUCCCUGUUUUCUCGAAUAAGUGCCCAUGUUUUAAUAAACACCCUCCAUCAAAAAUGCACCCCCUCAAGGCCAUGAUAUAGAACAAUGGCCUCACUUGAAAGGGUGCCCCUCCCUCGCUUUAUUAAAAAGUAGGAAUACAUUGAAAACUUGUUUCCAUUGUCACUCUUUUUAGAACGAUUUUAAGCCUCCCCACAGAAUCCAUACAAGCUUAAGUCAAAGGCAAUACAGUAUCUAUCAAGCGGAAAAAUGUCAUGUUUAACCCUUUAACUCCCAAGAUCUCAGAAAUUCUCCUUACUGUCUGCCAAAUGAUUCUCAGUAGGUUAGUAUGGAGAAUUUGGUAUCGGAUCAAUUAGUAAUCCCAUAAUUAAUAUUUUUCUUAAAUAAUUCUCAUCACUUGUCUGCAUGAUAUGGUAUAGAUAUAGUAAGGAGAAAUUCUGUCUUGGUCACUCACAGGAGUUAAAGGGUUAAUUCAAUGUCUUAUAGAAGUUAUAACCACUCUCUGGAUGCAUUGUGAGUUACAUCAAGAUCACAGAAUACAAUUGUCUCAGCAGCGGCAGCACUACCUGUGAUCUACAUUUCUUUCAUAAUAAUUCUUCUAUGCUCCUUUAUUUAAAUAUUUUAUGUUAUUACCUAAACUCAAAUUCAAUUUAUAGCAUCCAGAUCUUUAUGAAAGAGGAGUGCUCAGGAAACAUGCAAACAAGACAUUUGGUGCAAUGGUAAGUAAAGGAAAGUAUUAACUCUCCACAAAUUAAUUAAUCUUGUCCAAGCUUAUAACUGUUGCAUUUAAGGACCUCAAACACCACCUAACACUUUGUUCUGUCAUGUAUAGUUUUUCUAGAAUUCAAUAAAGAUGUGAAGAAAUGAGUAAUAUAUAAUAAACAUCAAUCACCCCAUGGAAUUUUGAUGAUUACGUUGAUUUAUGGAGCAUUGGGGUAACAUUUUACCUUAUUACUUCUGAGGACAGUUGCCCUUUACACUGUAUGAUGGAAUGAAUAAUAUGUAAAUAAUUAUAUGAAUAAUAAAAAAUUAACCCUUGGUAUUUUGAUGAUUAUGUCUGUUUUCUAGGUUGACUUGUGGAGCAUUGGGGUAACUUUUUACCAUAUUGCUACAGGACAGUUGCCCUUCAGACCAUAUGGUGGGCGACAGAACAAGGAUACCAUGUUAGUAAAUCAACCUUGUCAGAGUACUAGACCUACAGUUAACUGUUUUACUUCCAAGAUCUCAUCACUAAUUCUCGUUACCAUCUGCCAUACAAUUCUUAUGAUGUUAGUUUUGAGAAUUUGGUAGUGAGUCAACUAAGAAUCCCACUUAUUGCUAUUUUUCUUUAUUCUCAUCACUUAUCUGCUUGAUUUUGCAUUGAUACUGAAAUGAGAUGUUCUCUCUUGGUCACUCAUGGGAGUUACAGGGCUAAGUCAUUGGCUCUCAUAUCCAGACAAGCACUUCCUUACAUCAGCAUUGUCACAGGCUGUUCCAGGGGUUUUAUCAGUUAAACAAAGAAUGCCUAUUGGAAAAGCUGAGUGAAAAAAGGAGGAGGUUUGGAUUGGAACACAUAAAGAACUCAACCCAACUUAACCCCAAACCUGCUUCCUUUUUUUGCUCCACAGCUUAAUAUAAUUGCACCAUUUGUUUAUUUUCCAUUUUUUACGACUAACAGUCAUGUUACCUUUAGCUUGUUGCAACUCUGUUGCAGUUAAUACUCUAAUAGCGGAGCUCACAGCACACGCAACCCAUCAAGCCAAAAAAAUUUGGACUUACGACCAUACGACUGUACAACCAUAUGUACAAGGUGCUACUUUUAGCAUGUGCAGCCAAUUGUACCACAGGCACAUCAACACCACAGCUUUCAAGACAUGCGGGGAAAAAAAUGUGAACUUCGCUUUUAGGCUUGGUUAAAUCUAUAUAUUAUGAACUUGAAUUAAAACUUCUUCACAGCAAGGGCUUGUCUACAAUAGUAAACAGCUUGUGCUCUGUGUUGGCCUAUGUGGAAAUGUUUCAAUUCUGUUGCAGUCAGUACAUAUGAACUUUUAACUAGUAAAUUAUUAAAAUAUCUUCACAUAAUCAAUCUUGCAUACAGGUUUUAAUGAACUAAUUAAAUGGUUGUUUGUAAUGUUACUAUUUAAAGGCAUGUGAUCACAUCUAAGAAGCGGGCUGGUAUGAUUUCUGGAGUUCAGAAGAGUGAGGGGGAGGACAUUGAGUGGAGUGACAAACUUCCUGAUCAUACACGAUUGUCUCAGUAAGUGUGAUUGUUAUGUGUCAUAAAUUAUUUAAUUAUGACGUCACAAUGUGCGUGAUGUUCUUCUGAGAUUUACAAAAUAAAGAAAACGGGUUUCUUGACCAUCGUGAUACUACGUCGUUACAGUAGUUGCAACAUUGGUGCCGUGAACAGGAUGAGAGAAGAUAUAAACAAAAUGAAAUCGAUCCGAGCAGCCUACAAAGGACAGUGUACACAAGAUUGUUUAAAAGGCAGAAAAACUCGUAAUUUCAAAGAGUUCAGAUCACGCUGAAUUGGAGGCACUCGUGGACAGACUCACACGAAGAGCUGGAGAAAUAGCGCAGAUGAAUGCUAAAAUUUUGAUGUCGUUGGACACAGAGGAAGACAUUCUAAAAGACACAGAAUCAGCCCUAUUGUUACAAGACAAUAUAUCGGACUGGCAAUUCAAAAUUAAACAAUUUCCCAAGAGUAAACAACAAACACCGGUGAGUCAGUUCCAUCAUAGUAGUUUCAAACAAGCACCAACGCUUCGAAUGCAUAUCAGUUUACCUAAGAUAAACAUCAAAUCCUUUGGAGGAGAUCCACUUGAAUGGCUCACAUUCUGGGAUAGCUUUAGUGCAGCUAUCGAUAAAAAUCUUGAACUAAGUGAUGUUGGAAAAAUUGAAUUAUCUAAGCGGAAUGCUUAAAGGAGAAGCAGCGCGCGCUAUCUCCGGCAACUGAGCAAUUAAAAGAGCGCUUUGGCAAAACCUAAGAUUUGACCAACGCUUACAUGCAAUCAUUAUUCAAGAUCCACGCGCCUUUAGGUGACACUAAAAAUUUAAGGGAAUUUCACGAUAUAUGCAAAGCCAAUAUUCGUGGCUUAGAAACACUAGGAGUAAAGACCGAAUCAUAUGGAAGUUUGCUAAUUCCCAUACUCCUAAAGAAAAUAACCGGGGAUGUAGGCUGCUUAGUAUUCAGAGCGGAUCCUUUAAAGCAGAUAGCUUCUUGGAUAGAUUGAAGGUAGCCAUACGACAAGAAAUUGAAACACGAGAGAAAAGCCACAUAUCCUCUCUAGAAGAUUCCACAUCUGUUGCCACGGACGAGGAAGUAUUCGUACCAACCGCUGGCGCUCUACUUACCAAUGCUCAGGAAAAACAAAGAUUUCUCAACGGAAAACCGAAAGUAUCACGACCAUGCACCUACUGCACGGAAACACACCGCCCAGAGAAAUGUGAUAAAAUUACAUCAGUAGAGCAACGGUGAUCUAUCCUUCAACGCCAACAAAGAUGUCUCAACUGUCUUGGACUCACACACGAAAAUUCAAUGCCACUCAAAAGGUCGAUGUAUGAAGAAACACCAUACUUCAAUUUGCGAAGAAAAACAAGACAAUCCAACACAAAGUUCAUCAUAUCAAAUAAAAGAAAACAAAAAUUCAAACACUAGUCAGUCACCUACAAAUACCAUAGCGAAGAAUACAACCCACAUGGGAGUACGACACAUGGUAAGCACUAAAACAUGGGACGACCUAAAACCACCUAAAACCACCCACAACCAUCUACAACCACCUCAAAAAUUUCAACAACCACCUACAACCACCUCAAAAAUUUCAACAACCACCUACAACCACCUCAAAAACAUCUACAACCACUCGCAAACUAUCUAAAACCAUCUGAAACAAGUGGUUAGUGGUUUUAGGUGGUUUUAGAUCGUUCCAUGUUUUAGUGCUUACAAGUAACGCAUUCCCUUCAUCCUACUAAUCAUAUCCUGAUGCAAUCCGUCAUCACAAAGAUAAGAGCCGGUAAACAAUAUCGUCAAGCUCGCAUCCUGUUCGAUACAGGAUCACAAAGAACCUUUAUUACUCAAGAUAUGAAGCACAAACUUGAACUAAAAGCAAUGGGAAAAGAACUCCUGGAUGUAACUACAUUCGGUUCAUUUCAAAGUAUUAGAAAUCAAAAUAAAAGCGCUAGUAACUCCAAUUAUUUGUCCACCGCUAACAGUCCUGAUGAAGAAUCUAAAGAUGCCUCCUGAAUUAAAAGGACCCCAAACUUUGCCAUCGUUUGCAAUCAUCACAAAAUCUUGACGUAGAUAUCAUCAUUGGAAAUGACUAUUACGGUCAGCUGAUUUCUAACUGCAAACGACGCCUUGAUUGCUAUGGAAAGUAAAUUCGGAUGGCUCCUAUCAGGACCUAUUCAAAACGAGAACAACCAUGUAACCAACAACGACUUAAACACACUCUGUCAAAGGGUCAAAUUCAUGCCAGUAGAAGAGUCAAAACUCGACAACCUAUUAACCAAGUUCUGGGAAAUCAGCAUGAUACCAGAAGAAAGCGACAAAUAUGAUGAUUCAUCCUAAAAUUUCAAAAAACCAUCCGAUCUAACAAGGCAACUGGUAGGCAACAAAUUUCUCGUAAAGGGGGUAAGGCUGCAUUGGUGGGAGAGUAUAACAGGGAAAUUUAGCAUUAUAAACUGAGUUGAUAAUGUAAAUUGGCCACCGUAAAGAGUUUCAAAGCUGAUAUCUCGAGCGUUAGCCCUUUGAGUCAGUGAAUGAUGAAGGGCUAGCGCGCAAAACGUCAGCUUUGGAACUCUUUACAACAGCAAAUUCAAGUAUCAACUCAGUUGAUAAUACCAAAUUAAUAAAUUUUUAUGUUUCAUUAGAAGUCAUCAGUUAAGCACUGCUAUUUCACAAGGGUUUUGGUACAAUCUAAAAAUGGCACUGUUGGCUUGUACAUGUUAAUUGUUAAUUCUUAAGAAUUUAAGAACAUCUUUCGAUCAUAUUUGAGAAAAUUAAAGUAUAGUAAAGAGAUACAGACUCAGGUAAUUUAAAGAGGACCACAAUUAAUCUUUUAAACAGAUGAAAUUAAAGCUCCAUAAGAGUUAGCGAACAUUAGCAGCCAUUGUGUAGACUGCUGUCUAUACUGACUAUCUCAAGCUUAAUUCAAUUUGAUAUUGACUUGAACUUACAUGUAAUAUAGAUGGGACCUUCAUUAAUCAAGAAUGUAGCACUGGUUUAUACUGACUUGUUAAUGAUACACUCAGAAAAUAUUGUAACACUGAUUGACUCUUUUGGAAAAAAAGAGCAAAUUUUCACCAAAAUUAGGAAAGGACAUUGUUUUGAUGACUCCAAGUUUGUUAAAUAUAUGAAUGAUAUUACUUUUUUCAUAUAAAUUAUUUGCUUUUUUAUUUUAGGGGUCUGAAAGAACUCUUGACACCAGUAUUGGCUGGUAUUUUGGAGUCUGACCCAGCAAAUGCAAUGUCGUUUGGAAAGUUUUUUGUCAGCAUUCAAGACAUUUUGUCACGGAAGGUACAAUUUGUAUUACAAUAUGCCUAAACUUCCUUGUUGGAGGAAACUUUCAUCUAUUUUGGGAUGAAAUUGUGAGUUUUAAUUAGGAUAAUCCUAAACAUCUUGGAGCCUUUGUCUCAUUUUCAGAAACAAGUUUCUUGUCCUAGCUGACUUAAUCCUUGUUAAGGAUUACAUUUUUCCUUUGAAGCCAAGGAAACCGCCUGUAUUAUUGUGCAGACUACUAAGCAUAAUUUUAUUACCAUGAUUGUAUUGUUAAUAAUGAUAAUGAUCGUGACAACCUUAUUUUUUAGGUCAUCGAUGUUUAUUCGGUGCAUUCAGCUUCUUUCCACAAGAUCUACAUGAAGCAGAGUGAUACGUGAGUUUCAGUUGUAACAUCAAGCCAGUGAUUGUGGUAGAUAACUUUAAAGAAUCAUAGGGAGCAACUUCUAAAACUGAGUUUGCUCUUGAACUGUGGAACAAAUUGCCCAUGUGCAUUAAAUCUGUUUGCUCUGUGGACACUAUAAAUGCAAACUCAAAACAUUCCUUUUUGUGAAGCUUUUAAAUCAUUAUGCUUUACUGUCUUUUCAUGUAACUUGUUCUUUUUAUUAUUUUAAGUAUUUUAAAGUCAAACCAUCGUGAUCAUUGCCUUUGAAUCAUGGAGCAAAGGCAAUAAAUAAAUGAAUAAUUUAUUAUUAUCUUUAUCAGUAGUAGUAGUAGUAGUAGUAGUAGUAGUAGUAGUAGUAGUAGUAGUAGUAUAAUUGUUAGUUUUGAUUUAAAAGAAAAUUUAACUAAGCAGUGGUAAAUACAUGUCAACUUGUGGGUAGUGAUUGAGUGAGCAGUCAUCACCAUUUGGUUACACAACAAUUGACCUUUCAACCACUUUGAAAUCCAUGAAAAUUCAUGUUAUAGGUACCUGUGACUUCCUUAUUAACAUGACAAUUACCUGUUAUUAAACCAUAUAGCUUUGCAAAGUUCCAGGAACUCAUUGCAGUACAAACAGGAGUCAGUGCUGCUCAGCAGAAAUUGUUUUUUAAGUAUGAUGAGUUCAAGCCAGAUCCCAUGGCUCCUUCGUCAUCCUAUCCUAAGACAUCUGUGAGUAUGAGAACUAGCAAUAAAGUUCCUUCGCAUAUUUUUAUCCUCAGUUACGGAAUACUCCUGUGUCCAUCUAUCCAUCAAUUAAUCUGUUUAUUGUUGUCUGGUCCAACAUAAGUGUUGCAUCUUUUUCAGGAUGACAUCUUCAUGGUGAUGACUGGAGGAGAAUACAUGUCUCCAGAGCGAUUAUCCCUUUACAAAAUCCGUAAGAAUUGAUCUUUCAUAUUGUACCCUGAGGCUGAAUGUUGCUUGAGGAUUGGAUAAGAUUUUUUAAUGUAUGGUUUGAAGAAUGCAGUCAGAAUGCUUUGUCAUAUUUUCAAACUUUAUUAGUCACCUAAUGACCUCUUUGUGCAAUUGCAACCAACCAUCUCCAUCUUUAAAUUUUGCAUUCAGUUUUUGUUAUUCACUGCACUUCUCCUUUGAUCUUGCUUAUGAAUACAGUAAUAUAUUAUAGUCUAAGAUGUGGCUCCUUUUUCAUAGUCCUGCAGUAACAAAUUACUUAUUGGUCAUGGCCUUAACUGACUGUUACAGUGCUAUUUCACAUGAACAUCAGAUUUAUAAAAUUCAAUUACACUAAAUCUGAUAUAAUGUGGUUUGCACCCAGCCUACCAUUGAUGAAGAGAUCUGUACUAGAUGAGCUAAUCUGGCAUGCUCUGGGAAAAGUUUUCACUGUUGAGUGCUGUACCUUGAUUAAAAAAUUUGUGACUUUUAAUUCACUUUGCAGCCAAUCUUCCCAAUCUGCCAAAGGAAGGCACAUUGGAAAUGGAUUCAUCUACUUCAAAGGUUCUUAAUUAAAUCUUUAACUCCCUAGAUCUGAUUGUCAAUUCUCCCCUCUUGCUGCUACACAUUUCCUUGUAAAUAAGUCACAAGAAUUUGGUGUUUCAUUAAGGCUUUCUCAUUACAUGUUGGCUAGAUAAUGUGUGGAUGUUAUAAGGAGAGGUUACAUGCUAAUCACUUAUGGGAGUUAAAGGGUUAAAUCUUUCACUCCUCAAAGACCUAAAGAAUCCUUUUCCACAUUGUUUGUGAAGCAUACCUUAAAUUUUAGACCAGUAAUAUUAGUGUUAAAUCAAACACUCUCUCCUCAUUUCUAUAUUUCUUUGAAGGGCUAGCAAUUGUUUUUGUGAACAGCCUUCUAGAGUAACAAGUGCAUGCAAAUUGAUUGAAUGUUGAGGCUUUGCUCUUAUGUAUCCACUGGGGUCAGAUAGGAUUUUACUGCUUAAUAUGAAAUAUUUUAGACAUCUACUCACUCAUAGGGUAACAUUCAUUUAAUAUUAUUGCAUGCUGGGGAGUACUGGUACAUGUAAUAAUGAUAAAAACUUUAUGUACAAUUUAUGUCAUAUAAAAUGAUUUACUUUAAUACCUCUUUUUAAUUAAUAAUGUUUAAAAUGAUGUUUAGUUAUAAAGAAAGUUGAUACAAGUGAAGAACAAAAUCACACUCUAAUUUUUAGUUUAACAAACAGUACAGUCACUCAAUCUUUACAAACUAUUUUUGAUGCAUAUUUUUCCUUCAAUGUGUUGAAUAUGCAGAUAUAUAGGAUUUUAAUAAUUUAUGAAAAUUUGUUUGUGUUAUCUUUAGGCAUUUCAAAUUUUUUAACUUUUAGUAAUUUAUGACUAAUUCUGUUUUUAAUCUUAACCAUUUACACCCUAACAUCAGUAUCUAUUUUCUCCACACUUUUCUCUAUAUAUUUUAUUUUGAUACUGACAAGGAGAAUUCAUUUUAAGAUCAAAGCUUCUUAGGUUGGUGAUCAGUUCCUCUAUUUUCAUGAUCUUAAUGAAUGAUUCAGCAGUAUUACUGUGAGGAGAAAUUACAUGCUGGUCACUCUUAGGGUUUAAAGGGUUUAUUAAAGAAUUCACUGUUUUUUUUUAUCAUGUACUUUUUAUUUAUUUAUUUAUUUAUUUAUUUAUUCUUUACAUUGUAUGUAUUUAUGUAUAGAUGAUGGCAAAUCGUGCUCAGUGCUGCAAGUAUGCAGUCAAACAAUACUUCAGGGCAACUAAGGCAAUGCUGGUGACCAUUGAAAGCGUCUUGUGAGUGCUCAAUGUUCUUUGUAUUGAAUGUAAUACACAGGUGUUCUGAUGAGUCCUGUGGACAUUCUUCAAAAGUCACCUUGUCACCAUAAAGGAGAUGUUCACAGCUGGAACAUAUUUCCACAAAUCAGUUGAAAAUGAUAUAUUCAAUAAUUAAAUAAGUAUUGGUGAUAUUGAUUACAAUAAUUCAAAUUAUUUUACUUGCACAGGUUAUAUUAAUGCUUAUUUUACCUAGUUUAUCCACCGACAUAAUUAUAUAAUUGCUACAUGAGGACAUGUAAUGUAUUUAGAACAAAUAGCAAGUACUUCAUUAGCGAGUCUUAUAUUAUUCAUCUGUUUCUUACUUAAGGUUAUGUUAAUUAAUGAGGGGGAAGGUUAGAUCUUUGUUCAAUUUUGUCUUACUUUUACCAUGUAUUAAACUUGAAUUACAAUUUAACUUGUUUUGGUGGUUGCAUUGUAAGCAAUCCCACAGGUUGUCAACCUACCACAGGUCUGUUUGGACCUUGUUAAAUCCACAGGGCAAAAUUAACUGUUUUGAAUUUACUUAUUUCAUAGGAAAAAUCUUAAGAAGGAUAUGAUGUUUUACAUUUCUUUCUGUAAACAAAUGGAAUCAGAAUGGACUGCCCUACAACAGAUAUCUGAAGCCUACUACACAAGGUAAUUGCCAACAAUAUUUUGUUUUCUUUUGUUUUUUUUUUUAAUCCAUUUGUUUAGCAUUCUCUUCAUUUUAUACCAUUAAACUGUAAGUAAUAUGCAACAUUUGUAACAAAAUGAAUUUUCUGUCUCAAGGGAAACCAGACUUUAUUAAUUGUCACCAACAGGCCUAUAUUGUAACGCCUUUGAGAGGCUGAUUUCAAGCUGAAUUACACAUGCUUAUUUAAUGAUUUUUCAAUACUACCUUUUCACUCUGUAUCUAUAUCAUUAACACACUAUUGAAUAUGGUGAAUUUGUUACUUACAGUCAGAUGCACCAUGCCUGGGUGUUUGACGCUCUCCUAUCAAAACUAACAGAAGCAAAGGGUAAGUUUCAAGGAAAUUUAUGUCCUAAUUUUCUCUUUUUGUUAAUUUGGAUCCUAUUUCACCUUAAAUACGUUUUUCUCAUCGUACAUACUUUUUUAAUAGAUGAGGUGAAAAUGAUUUUGGAGGAAGUGCAAGACAUACAGAAGUGGUCAGAGAGUAAGAAAGAGAGUGAGGGGGAGGUAAAGUCUCUCACUGCAAUACUCAUAUUCUCCACACUGAUCUCUCUACAUUUCCUGUGGUAAUGACAAGGAAAAUUUGUUUGACACGCAGGAGUAUCCUAAAUUGGUGAUCAUUUCCAUUAUUCUCAUGUCCUUUACAGGUGAAAGGGUUAAAAGUGAUAACCACCUUAAAUAAUAAACUGUUUGAAUUAAAAGAAUGCUUGGUAGCUUUCUGUUGAAUGGCCCCACACUAGCUUUCAUUCGCAGACCUAAAGGUGGGACCCAACUUGUACAGCAUGAUAACUAGUAUUACAUGAACGUGUUCAGUAACCUUCAUUUCAAUUAUCACUCUUUGAGGCCUUACGGUUCAGACUCAAUGGAUAGAAAACUGUGUAAAACAACGUAAACACUACCACAGGAAAGUACUGUUCAGCGGCUUUCUUAUGAAUAGUCAUGCAUUUGAAGUUUCAUACCCAGACUCAUACCCGGCCUUUUUAGCCAAAAACAGAAACUGUACCACUCAUACUUCCACUUUAAAAGCAUGAUGGCAAAACUCUGUUUAACCCUCUGACCUUUAAAAGUGACGGGCAUCUAAUUUCUCCUUACAGAAUCAUCCCUGAAUCAAACAUUACAGUCACGAGAAUAAAGUAAAUGAUCACUAAUAAAGAAGCUCUCGAUUUAUAGACAAAUUCUCCUUGUGCGCAUCUUAGGAAAUAUAUAGAGAACAGUAUGGAGAAUAUACCUACUGAUGUUAAGGUUAAGGAUUAAGCCUUACCAUAGUAAUUUCCUUGACAGUUGAACAAAGCUUACCAGAGAAAUGACAGGAUGAAGACACUUAUCUCUGAAGUCAUAGAGACUGACAGGUUCCGUGCUUUCUUGGAAGACUUCACGAAGGACACCGAUGACCAGUCCUUGUAAGGAAUUUUUCUUCUCUUUUGUUAUUUAUUACAUUUUAAAAUGAACUGAAACGAUGAUCUAAAAAAGGGAGAAAGCUAGUGAAACGGCUGGAAUCGAGGCAUGAACAAUUAUAGAAACUGCGACAAUGUGGCCUGCUUGGCCGUUUUUUUCCUUGUUGAAGUUGUUUACAAGAAACAUUUCUACCAUUACUUGUUCAGUGGAAGUUUUGCAUUUCAAUAGAUGACAUGUGUAUCAUGUAUCAGUUAGAUAAUAAUAACGAAAUAGCAAUGAUGAUAAUAUUUAUUGAAUAGUACUUUAAGUCUCUAUUCAGGGAGCCCACAUCACAAAACUGACAUACGGUGAGGCCCUGUUUCCUUAACUAAGGAGGGUCUUUGGUUAGAAACGUCGUGGAGAACUCAGAUUCGUCUUUCCUUUUUUCUUUCUAUGUUUGACAUAUUUGACAUCUUCCUCUCGUGUUUUGCAGGAGAUAAUUUUCCUCCUUUGUUGGAAACAGAGCAAUAUCUGAUACUCCUUUUAUUACGAUACUUAAUAGAACAACAUCCAUACAAAUUAAGGACAUUUGAUAUUUUGAAUAAUUUUUCUUUAUUUAUUUCUUCCCAGCUUCAAUUUGGUGUCUACAUAUACAGGAAACAUUGAAGAAAUUUACCAGAGCUUUCGGAAAGACAAAUACCACAGGAGUAAGUUGUUUGUAUGGAACUAUAACUGAGUUUAACUGUUUAUCCUGGACAAUCUAAUUUAUGUUUUUUUUAAGCUGUAGACCUGCUGCUUUGCAGUCAAACCUGAUUCCUUUGCGACAUUAUGACAUGACACGAUAACGGCAUAUAGAAAUUAUCAGUUUUUUUUUUCUCUCUCCGUCCCUGAUUAUCGCUCCGAUUAAGGACUAGAAACUCGAAACGCCAGCUUUAGAAACCCUUGGAGGCCAAUUUACAUCAUCAACACAGUUGAUAAAAACAAUUUAUCUUGUAAUGCCACCCACCGACGCAGCAUCACAGUUUCUUUAGAAACUUACCUCCGUUAUUCAUGACUCAGUCUAUUCUGUUACGUAGCUAUCCUGUGUUUACGUCUGCCUGUUCACAAUUCGAUCAAAAUGACAUAACGGCCUUCUUUUGUCGUUAUAUUUGUCGUUAUGCCUCCAUGUCGCUGGUCGUAACUGGCCUGGUGAGGACCAUUCCCAUGUUGUCGUGUUGAUAUCAUCAGGUGGCUAAAUUUAUCUUAAUGUCCACGAGUUCGCACAGCGAACAAAAUUUCAGAGUGGUAUUCAAACCUCAUUACACUUGAUUCGAUAUGCCCUUAUAUCUUUUGUGUGCACCAGGCUUCACGCAACACUCUUUCUCUUGUUCCGUGACAAGAUUCAACAACGGCUGUCAUGGAGACUAAACCUUGAUCUUAGUACAAGUGUUUCCCUCGGUCCUUACUGCGAUGAAGACAAUUAAUUCCUAUCAGUAAGAUCUUUACACAACAUUAUUUACCCCUAGCUCGGUAAAACACUAUUUUCGGUUUCAACAACUCUUAACUGCUGGUGAUAUGACCUCGCUUUUGUAGGACUUUCGUAUGCAGAUGAACAAAGACACAAGUUUGACCGGGAGAAGUUGGUUGUCCUGAGCGAUAAGAUCACCAAAAUUACUGAAGAAGCUGUGAAACACAGAAGUGCAUUACAUGAAAAGCUUGUGGGGUGGCUUAAGUAAUUAUAUUUUCCUUUUUAAGUAACGUUCAUUUACACGUACGAAUUCAAACAAAGUAAUUUGGUAACGUAAAUUGGCCACCGUAAAGAAUUUCGAAGCUGACGUUUCGAGCGUUAACCAUACGCCAUUUGCUCUGACGAAGGGCUAACGCUCGAAACGUCAGCUUUGAAACUCUUUUCGGUGGUAAAUUUACGUUAUCAACUCAGUUGAUAAUACCAAAUUACCCUGUUAUACUCCCACCACACAGCACCACAAUUUCUCUAGAAACUUACCCCCUCUAUGAAUGGAAAAAAAGAUGCGGUGUGGUGAGAUGUGAUGAAGGAAUGACCUCUUUAUGGUAAAAUGUUCAGAUAAGGCGUUAAAACAGCACGGAAGAAACAAUUAUAGCCUCGACGAGGCUUGAGUACGUGAAAUACGCGACACUGAUGCCAUGGCCUACUUCAAGUAAGAACUGUGUCAAACUCAAUUUAGCGCUUUGCUCACUCGUGAACUAUGUUUGUUUAGACUGGCGCGUUUCGAAGGUGUAUUCUCCAAGUGCUGUGCAUUGAUCCGACUGUACUUUUGUUGUGGGUAGCCAUGCUCCAGGAAUAUUUGUAUUCCAACACCUCUUUUGAUGUUGUUAUUGCGUAAAUUGCCUCCUUAAACCAGCGAAGAUCGAAAUACACCAAUCACAGCGGAGCAUUAUGCUUUCAAAGGUGACACGUUCACCUCUUUGUCUAACGAAGACCCACUUCUUGCAGUGGAAAGUUAUCGAUCUAUAUUACGAAAGAGAAAACUAUUGACAUUUCAACAUUCUGCAGAAACACAUUUGUAUUUACGCUAUUAAUGUUUGCCUCUCAUAGUGAAGUAAACCACUGUUAUGAAGAGGCAGAAAGCUUGCAUUCUUCAUUUCUGGGCCAGAAGCAAGCUCAAGAUGCUUUUCUUAUUUCGUUGCGAUCGGUGAGUCUGUUAAAGAAAUUUUUGAUUGAGUAUCGAAAGUAUCCAAGAUGACUUUGUUUUCUUUUCCGCGCUUUGUGAUUUGUCCUGAAAACUUUCGUCAUCCCCCUUCAACCAAUUAGACGCAAAACGAAUAUGGCUUUAUGCGAGUCAUUCAUCCUUUGCUUCUUAAGUAGUUGGAUGAGAUGUAUCGAUCACUAUCUGAAAGCUUAUUUGAUCACAUUUUCACUCACCUCGAAACUCAUUAGAAACAUUCUACACCGGUUCGUAUUUUCAACUUUACUCAGUGUUUGUAAAUGUGAUGAAAUCUCGUCUCUUGUAUUUGUUUUAUGAUGCAAUAGCUAACGCAUCUAUUUUAUCUAGAAUGGCCCUGGCCAACGCAAAAACGUAUAGGUUGUUAGCUGAUAGCAGACAGCUAACGGAACACUUUGAUUUUAAAGGUUCAAGAACAAUGUCUAGAGAAGUCGAAAAGGAUUGUUGAGAAGCUCCAGAAACUCAUUACCUCUCCAAGCCCAGUACUGACUGCAACAGCGCCAGCUGCAGCCGCCCAGAAUGGUUUUUCUGAUCCGGAUAUGGAUAGUAUCACCGUGAACCAACUUGGGAAUGAGUAUGUAUCGGGUGGAAAUUUUACAAGGGUUUACUUUUGCUAAGAGCACAGUACAAAAUAUGAAAUGGCCAUCACAGGGAUGUUUUGUAAUAUUAACAACUAUUCACCAAAGUGGAACGGGGUAUUAUGGGUAAAUAUUCACCAGUAGCCUCUGACACUGGGGUGAAUCGUUGUGUUCGUAUAUACCAAGAUGGGGAGAUAAUAAAGUACAAAAAGAUGACUUCAACUCGUUAAUUCCUGCAACAACAAUAUUUUCGGGCGCAAAUACCGCGGUGAAUAUUGAAAGAUAUUCACAGUUUGAGUCGCCCAUCGGAGCACGCCUUCGACGCCAUCCACUGUUUUAGUGUAUACCAAAAGACAAUAGACUAAUCGCAGGCUAUAAGGACAAUUCAUAAAUCUUUUAACAGAGAAAAAGAUUUGAUAUGUUCAGGAUUUGAACAUAAUUAGGAUUUCUUUAUUAACUGUGAAGAAACCAUUGAUGUUUAGAGCAGGUCAGCUGUAGGCUUACGGUUCCCUCUAUAGGCAUGAAUUGACAAUAUGGAAAUGAAUGGUUCAUGUUAACGUCAUGAAUUGAGUGAAAUGAUUACAUGGGUCAUCCCUACUUGGAUCAUUUCGGCAUUGCCUUUAAUUCACCCCUCCCCCCUCCCCCCUCCCCUUCCCCGCAAGAUUUGAGCCAAAGCUGACAAUGAAAUUGUGUGAAACUUUCUCACUCUUACAGUGCAAAAGAACACAUUAACGUUUUAGAGUUAAAAACCGUUUGUUGUUUUCUUGCAGACUUGAUUCGCUGUCAAUGAUAACUAAAGAAUCAGUCCAAACAGCUCAACAAAACACCCAACAAAUUGAAAGGUAACAUACAGCAAAGUAUUUUUUCUUUCAGGGAAGGCCAUCGUAUUGUGCUCCAUGUUGAAAUUUGGACAGCUCGGUUCUUUUUUGCCCUUACACCUGUAUCAAUUUUUUUUUUAACCAAUCAAGUACCAGGAAAGUCUACGUCGGUCGAAAGCAGCCAUGAUAAAGCAGUAAUAGGCAGUUUAAAAAAUUGAGCUUGAUUCGUUGCAAUUUUUUUUUCCUUUUCAUUUGAUUUUUCUUGAGUUUCUAACAGACUGCUUCCUUAUUUAGGGUUGUCAGAGGUUUUAUUACGCUGUAUACAUCACUCAACGAACACAUGUCGAAAGACGUCAGCCAGUAAGUACAAGAAAAACUCAUGAAACUACAAAACUGAAAUUUAGUCCAUUUAAAAAUCCUUGUUUGUUUUAUUCAUUCGAAAACAUCACCGAUACUUUUUGCUUCAGUUUUCGCUUGUUCAUUUUUAUCUGCCGUUGUUAACUGUCAUUUCAAGGUUCCAUAUGUGAAGGCAGUUUACUAUUUCGUAAAGACCAACUCAAAAUUGAUUGAGCCAGACCCUCAAAGCUUAAAGCAAAUGACCUAGUCUUUUAUUUUAGUUUUGGUGUAUUUAUCCCUACAGACUUGAGGAAACCAUCGGCGAGGAAAACAUGAACUAGCAGCGGUUGUCGUGACAAGAUUGAAUACUCCAAAUAAAUGUGGGCAAUGAGGUGUGCAACCACAUGCGGUCCUAAAAUUUCGUUGGGGCAAGAAAUCGAAAACAUCAGGCGUCCAAACUAUGUUUUUGACUUCUAUUGCGUCAUGCAGUUUUGGACUCCAGCCCUCCCGCAGUUUUAUCAUUUUGGAGUGUUCAUUCUUGUGACGACUUUGAGGAGAUGACCUGACACAAACGAACAGCGUCACGCGCUACGUGUCGGAACUAGCAUCCCCUCAAGCCACUGAGAUCACUCGGUUCAGUCACAGCCAUACCAUGUUCAACAUUACAGGCUUCCCAUCUCUCAGCCUGGUCUCUGAGCAACAUGGACAAUGAAGAGCGUUAUAAAUUCUCAUCCGCUCGGAUCCCUAAUGGCUUGGUGCUGAGACUGGAUUUCAGGCUUGGCAGAGCUGCAAGCUUCAAUUGAGUUGAAAUCAUAACGAGUAAAUUUCUAAACAAAUGGAGUAUGUUGCUGUAGAUUUGUAAUUCAAGGAACAGCGUUGAAUAAGCGUGAAAGAAAUUCAGCUCCUAAUAAGUCAUUUUAAGAUUAUUAUAAGCUCAACUGAAAACAAAAUGAUGUUCUGUUUUCAGUGUGGUUUUCAUAAUACACUAUUUCCUGUAAGAGCUAUUGUGAAAUUUAAAAGAAAAACUAAUGCCUUGUUUUUCCUUUAAUUAGAUGAGAUUGUGUUGUUUAGGAAACGAAAGUCCUCCAGUUUAGCUGGUACUCUCGGCCUUAAUACGUGGCAUAUGUAACCAAUAUGAACUUAGAAACAAGAGGUGGUAUUUUACAAGUGUGUGGCUGCAUAAACUAAAAUUAUUCAGUUUCGAAUUUUUUUAGUUUUUGUUAUCUCAAGUGGGACAUUAAAAUUUUUUGCAUUCUUUACGUGUUAAAAAAAAGGUUUACAAUAAUUUGUAGGGAUUAUAAAAACAUUUUCUUCUUGAUUGUGCUUGAAAAGCUUCUUAAUGUAUGCUGAUUUCGUUGCUAUGCAAUGUAAUGUAUUCCGAACUGCUUUCUUUGUGAAUUAGUGCUUAGAAAUCACGUCUUUGUCAUAGCUUUGGAGCAUAAACCCCAUUGUCAGCAUGAACCACAACGUAGCAACUUUGUAGUUCAUUUAUCUUCUAAAGUUUGCUCUUGUAGAAUAUUAUUUCCCUGUUAAUUCUUUUUAGUGUAGUACAACUUGGAGAAUUUCCUCGAGUACAGUAGACCUCACAACAGUGAGCAGUUUUGGCAUGUAUACCC